AUGCAGCGCAAAAAGGGUUCUGGGACCCCAAAGCAGCCUCUGCAAGAUCGCCAGAAAAGCCAGUCUGAUCUCUCUGCCUGGCGGAAAGGGGGGACAAUUGACCCUGAAAAAAGUGUCCAGGAUCAUCAAUCUCUCAAUGACCAGGAAGCUAAUAGCAAGCAAGACUCCCUUGAGCCAGCUUUGAGCUACUUUGCAAAAGUUCAAGACCACAUCUCACUGAAAAGGAAUAGUGCUCUGCAGAGACACUUGGCUACUGUGGAAAGCAUUGCCCUGCAAAGAGGGUUACCCCCUGAGGCAUUUGAUGUGUUGCUAAAUGCAGCACUCAGUGGCAAACUUGCUGAUACAGUGAAUACUCGUUUGCUGAAAAGCCUAAUUCCAGACUCAGUAAUACCAGAAACUUCUGUGGUUUCAUCUGUAUCUUGGCUCUGUGUCAGCAAAUGCUCAAGCAACAUCCAGGUGCUCUUUUUAAGAUGGCUGAUCACAUUUUUUGACUUCAUUGAUCACAAGGAAGAGCUUCAUGCCCUCUAUGGUUUCUUCUUUUACUUCCUGCAAGAUGAGAAGAUGUGCCCCUACGUCUGCCACGUACUCUACUUGCUCACCAGGAAGGAGAACGUCAAGCCUUUUCGGGUUAGGAGACUGCUUGACCUCCAAGCAAAAAUGGGAAUGAGAUCUCAUCUGCAGGCUCUACUAUCACUUUACAAGCUCUUUUGUCCUGAGCUGGUGACCAUAAUCCUUCCUGCAAAAACAAAGACUUACUUCAAGAAUGCAGAGGGCCCAUGGAAAGCAGCAAUCAAAACAAUAAGGCAAAGAAAGCAGAAAAACUCUCCAGUGCCCCAGCCACUGCUUUUAGGCACCGCUCAACCUCGGUCACGGAAAAGGAAAUGGAAUACCCAGUUGAUGAUUCCUGCAAGCAGUACAAAUAGAAAUCAUUUAGAAGAGGUCAGGCAAAAGAACAGUGAUUUGUACAGUACAGAUGAGUGUUUUCCAGUGGAGCAGCUGCAGACCUUUCCUCAGCUCCUACAGAAUAUCCACCAUCUAGAGUUUCCUUCCCGGAUGGGUUCAGUGUUAACAAACCCUUUGUUGCUUCACUACAUGAAUUGCAUCAAAGACGAAUCCGUUUACCUAAGGCUCUACUAUUGGUUGGGCCAGACUCUUCAGGAAGAAUGUACUUGGUGUGUGGCUGAUAAUAGCCAACAUGAAGAAGAAUUCAAGGACUUCCUGGAAACUCUCUGCAGUGCACAGUGUUUCUUGCAGGAGGGGCUGUCUCCCUGUGAAGAGUUCCUGUAUAGGAGCCUUCCUCUCUGGGAUGGCUUGUGCUGCCGAUCACAAAUCCUCAGACUUGUGAGCUGGAUCCCCCUCAACAGCUUCUCUGAAAUGAAGUCACAUCUCUACGAUCCCCUGGCACAGCUCUUCUUCACAUCAUCGCUUUACUUUAAGUGCAGUGUUCUUGAGAGCCUGAAAGGGCUGUUGCAGAACUGGUUAAAUUGGCAGAUGGUUCAUCUGGAUUCAGCAUCUGACUCUCGAAUCCAUUCUUUGAAUACAACCUUUUCUGGACUACUGAACAUGGUGGCUGAACUGAUCCACUUUGUUGGAAUGAUCUCUACUGUUGCACUGCGUUUGGAAAGCGAUCACACAUUCUUGCUGUACUUCAUCCUUGACUUCUAUGAGACUGUGUGUGACAUGUAUCUGAAGUACAAUCUGCCUUUGUUGAUAAUGCCUCCUGCUGGAGUUUUCUACCCAAUGCUCCUCAGCAUGGAUUCUGUCAGCUUGAAUCAGCUCUGCUACAUUAUGUACAGGUAUCGAACCAACUUGGUGGCUGCAAAAGAAAAUGAGCAGAGUAAAAAGGAAAUACAGCAAUUCAGGUUCAGCAACGAGACAUACAAAGAGUACAACCAGUACAUAACAGCUAUGGUGGGUUGUCUGUGGACAUCCAAUGCAUUCCAGAAGGAUAUUCAUCCUCAAGGUCUUCGUAUGGAUGACGAACUGCUGAACAAAACCGCAGUGGAGGAAUUCAGAACCAGCUUUAACAUUGUCUACCACCCAGCCAUGAUAGGCUAUGCUGUCCUCUUCCUGCAGCAGGCUUGUCCAGGUGAUAUCACCUUCAACUUCAAUUUAAUUAAGGUAAGAUUUCUUAACUGGUAUCUGGAAUACCUCUAUGCACAAGGUUUAGAGGGCCUGAAGGUCUUCAUUGAAAGCAGCAUCAAUCGUGUUUCCAAGGCCUCUCGGAAUGAAGCAGGAAAUAUGGAAAAGUGA